CCGUCCAAACUCUCAAGGGUGGCGCCUGAUGGUCAUCCCAUCAGCCAACCAUUUGUCCCUUUUCAAAGUUGGUGUGGGGUGAGCCUUUUUGCCAACGGUGGUCGGACGAGCCCCGACUGGCUUGCCCCUUCCCGGGGAAGAGAGCCGCGUGGCACAGUGGAACUCUCGCGGAAAACACCUCGCGCUUUCCGACUGGUCCGCGGGUGUCUUCCUGCCAAACGUCAGGGAAAAUUGCGACAAGGCUCAGCUUCCCAAUCGCCAGAAUUGGUUAUUACCAUGUACCUGACUGGGUUACUCUCGCCCAUCAAGUCCUCUAAUUUCUCGCGAACCGGCGAUGCCGACGGUGGAAACUCAAAUGGAAGCAAGUGGAUCUUUCGUAGAAGCAAAUUGGUAAAGCUCUUGAGAGGAUGUUUGAGGUUACUGCCGAUACGCAAACUCCACUGCUGUGGGACGGGUAAAGUGGCACAUGAUCAAUUUUUUGCCAAGUUCUUUGAUCGGUCUGGAGAAAGAGAUCCGGUAUCUUGA